AACAAAAAUUAAAUAAAAAGACCCAAAUCCAAAUCCAAAUCCAAAUCCAAAUCCUUACGAGGGUCUAAUAAAUUCUCUCUCUCUAGAAAUUCCAAUGCUGCAUGAUUUCAUCACACCCACCGCCAUUUCUUCAGCUCAAAGGCUCUAAUCCAUUGAUAACAAUCACUCUGUCCCCAUUGUACUCAUUACAGUGUGGAGAGAGAAACUAGAGAGAGAGAGAGAGAGAGAGAGAGGGAUUGUGGUGUAUAAAAUCAUGGAGGUGGGUAGAAGGUGCACAGCAAGAAAUGGUGGUGUAGUGUCAGGGUCUGUUUGGGAGAGCAGAAUGAAGAGUGAUGAAGUCAAAGGAGGUAUCAAAGUCUUCAAUGGCGAAGAAACAACCUCUGAAGAAAAUAAUGUUGACAAAAAGCCUAGACCCAAACAGAGCCUUGUUGGGGUUAGUGGGAAGAGGAAGACAUGGAAAUCUGAGAAUCUUGAAGGAGCUGAGAAAAACCCAAUUCAGAUUGUGAGGCAAAGAUCUGAACAAACCAAGAAUUUGGGUGAACAAUGUAAGGAAUUGAGUGUAUCUGCUGAUGGAAUCAAGAAAAGCCCAGUAGUUCAGCAGAAGAAGACGAGAUCUGAGGUGGGUAAGGAGCUUAGAAUGUCUGUUGAUGGAAUUGAGAGAAGCCCAAUUCAGAAAAUGAAGACGAGAUCUGAAGAUUCUAAGGAGCUCAAUGUGAUUGUUGAUAAGACUGAGAGAAACCCAAUUCAGAUUCGCAAGGCAAAGUCUGAAUCCCAAAAGUUGGUUGGUCAAUCUCCUCGUGAAUCUGGUGGUGAUGGUGAUGGUGAUGGAAUUGAGAAGAAUUCAAUUCAGUUGAGGAAAGUGAAGUCAGAGUCCAAUAAGGUUUUGGAUGAAUCUGUUGAUGUCAAUGAGAGGAAUCCAGGUCCAUUGACCAAAUCAAAAUCUGUGUCCAACAAAGUCUUGGAAGAGAGGAAUUCAACUGAAUUGAAGGAGGCGAUAUCGGAGUCGAAGGAGGCAGUUGAUGAGCCUAAUGAGGUUCCAGAUGAGACGGUUGAGGCAAUUGAGAAGAACCCAGUUGAAAUUGAGAAGAUUGGAUCUGAUGAAAAUUGUAAAGAGGUUGAUGUGUGUGAAGAAAAGGUCAUUUCUAGUGAUUUGAGCAAUAUGGAUCAGGUCAAAUCCGCUCCACAAUUGGAGGUGGCUGAUGAUGGUGAUGUUGAUGUUGAUGGUGAUGGUGAUGAAGAAGAUUGGGAUGAGGAAUUUGAUGAAGAGGUGGAUGAGGAAAUUGAGAUGGAGAUAGAGAAAAAGAGCUUCGAUGUUAAGGAAAUUGACAUAACAGAACAAAAGCCUAAACUGGUUGUUGUGAAAGAAGAGAAAAAGAUACAUCCAGUCCAAGAAAGAAAACUACCCAUCUCACCAAUUGUGAAAAAACAGGCUCCUCCACUAGUGAACCAUUCAAGAAUUCAUCCAAUUCCCACAAAACACAAAGCAAGUCCUGUGUCAAAUGGAUUCCAAAAGGCUCCUGAAACCCAUACUGAAUACCAGAGUAUUCCUGAUACCCAUAGCAAAUUGCAGAGUUUAGUUGAUUUGGUGAUGUGGAGAGAUGCUUCGAAAUCGGCAUUUGUGUUCGGAUUGGGAACAUUCAUCAUAAUCUCAUCCUCUUACACUAAAGAUCUCAAUAUUAGCUUGAUUUCUGUGGUUUCCUAUCUGGGUCUUGUGUAUCUUGCUGCAAUCUUCUUUUUCAGAUCCAUUAUUUGCAGGGGAGUUAUAGGUGAAGAUACAAGCCAAGACUAUGUUGUUGGGGAAGAAGAAGCAAUCUGGUUACUGGAAUUGGUUCUUCCUUAUUUGAAUGAGUUUCUUCUAAAACUUAGAGCCCUUUUUUCUGGAGAUCCAGUGACCACCAUGAAGUUGGCAGUGCUGCUGUUUGUUUUAGCAAGGUGUGGGAAUUCCAUAACUAUAUGGAAGAUGGCCAAAUUGGGCUUUUUUGGAGUAUUCACCGUUCCAAAAAUCUGCUCUUCGUAUUCCACUCAGUUAACUGCUUGCGGUACAUUUUGGAUUCGACGAUUCCGAGAUGCUUGGGAGUCAUGUUCUCACAAGAAAGUUGUGGCUUUUGGCAUUUUCACACUCGGAUGGAAUCUCUCCUCAGUCGUAGCUCGCAUUUGGGCAGUGUUCAUGCUAUUUGUGGCGUUUAGAUAUUAUCAUCAGUCAGUGAUGAGAGAAGAUGAUUUGGUAGUGGAGGAGGAGGAAUCAAAAUGCGAGACAUCGUGGCAAGGACAGAUUGGAGGACACAGACGAAGGCGUGUGCCCAUCACCACAGUGGAUAUAAAGAAAGACAAGAAAAGAUUUUGAUGAAAAUGCACACAAUAGGACUACAUGGUACCCACUUAUGAUAUAUAUACACCAUAAUAAUAAUAAUAAUAAUAAUAAUAAUAAUAAUAAUAGCCUUUUUUUAAUUCUUUUUCAAUUCUUACUAUUACCUUUUCUUUCUUGUACAAAUUUUGUUUGGUGACACUUUGAAUAAAAAGAGUUCUCAACUAACCAGUUCUGUAAACCUUGGUUUGGGCUUGCAUGGCCAAUAAAUUUUCUAUAUGUACCAUUUUGUGGAAAUGGAAAAGAAAAACAUAUAUAUUUGGUUGUCUUA